AUGGGCAAGAAAGGAGGGGCAAAAAUAUUGGAGUCUGUGUCUCGAGCUCCAAUAUCAUUGAGGGAAGAAGUCACGGGAAAAAUACAAACCAAGCCAACCACUAACACCAAGGUCAAAUUGAGAUUUGAUCACUUGAAAAACCUUGCAGUGUGGGCCACCACCAACGACCAUCUCAUACCGUCUUUGGCUGCCUUCUAUGGACACCAAGUCGCCUCCUUUGGAGAGGCCAAUGGGGUACCACCUGAUUCUUCUCUGAUAACUUGCCAAAGAUGCGAAACUGUUCUUCAACCUGGCUUUAAUUCAACCGUGCGAAUUGAGAGGAAUAAAUCAAAGGUCAGGCAUAAGCGCAAGAAGUGCGGCAACAUCACUCAAAACAACGUAGUAUACAAGUGUCAUUUUUGUUUGCAUCAAAAUCUGAAGAGAGGAAUCCCUAAGGGACACCUAAAAGGAAUCUAUCCAUCAAAAGAUAAAUCAGGGUUAGAGGCAACACCUUCAAAAUUUAUCACAAGUGAGUUUUCUAAAUCAGAGAAAGAGAUUGUAAGUAAUGUUGAAGCCAAUGAGAUAAAUGUAUUUCCUUCACGAGUUGUAGCGAAGGAUGUCACCCUUAUGGACAGUCCUGCCACUCCUUCAAGUACAAAUACGAUAUCUUUGAUAGAAGAAAAGAAGAGAAAGCAGAAUAGUUCCUUAUUCAAGAGUGCUAUUAAAAAUACCAACAUGUCUUCAAAAGGAGUAGCAAGUACAUCCAGCAAAAGGCGAAGAAAAUCUUGGACUAGUUUAAAGGAAAUUGCUCAAAGUAAUGAGCAUAGCAGUCAAAUUGCUAAUUUGACGAUACCAUUCAUUUUAAAGUAG